GACUAAAUUAAAAACAAAUUCCUGAGUUCAAACAUUAAAGAACACAAACGAGUACUUUUGUGUUCGUGCCAUUGUGUUUUCUCUUUUGGUUAUCAUCUAAGAUCCCGUGAGGAAGCAUCGUCUCAAACCCAGUCGAGAAACGACAAACGAUAAAGAGAGAAAGCUUGAGAAGAUGUUGGAAGGAAAAGCAAUGGUGGAAGAUUCAGACAUGCCAGUGAAGAUGCAGGUUCAAGCCAUGGCUUUGGCUUCUCAAGCUCUUGAUCUCUUUGAUGUCGUUGACUGUAAAUCCAUUGCUGGCCACAUCAAGAAGGAGUUUGAUAAGAGAUAUGGGAGUGGAUGGCAAUGUGUGGUGGGAUCAAAUUUUGGAUGUUUCUUCACACAUUCUAAAGGGACUUUCAUCUAUUUUCAAUUGGAGACACUUAAGUUCCUAAUUUUCAAAGGCGCUUCUACUCCUUAAUAAAACAAAUCCUGAGCCAAUGUCAUAUAUUUUUCUAUGAAAGAAAAGCUUUAAGAGCCUAUCAAGAUCUUUUCUCUUCUGUUGCUCUUUAUAGCUUUGUUUGAAUCCAGGUCUGUAAAUAGACCCAAGAUGGGAAAUUGAUUUUAAUGAAGUUGCGGAGAAUUUUGUUUC